UCCCGUACCGGGCACCUCAGAGGUACUCUCGCACUAGACGAGAUGGUGUUACAUUUAGGCAAGAACUUGUCGCUGCUGCUGUUGGUGGUGUCCAGCUCGAUGCUAGCCGUCAUUGGCCAGCGUCCAGCAGCACACCUCGACUGGAGUGAUCGUGAAUUUGCACCGAUAUCGGAUACCUUAAGUCCUCGCGAUGAUCUCAUCGAUCAGAGCUACCGUCUGCCGACCGACACCGUACCGACGCAUUACACUAUUCGGUUGCACACGGAUCUCCACACGGGAAGCCGUGCGUUCAGUGGUAUCGUCGAUAUUGAAUUGGAUGUGAUCGUGCCGACGGAUGCGAUCGUCGUACACAAUCGUGGUUUGACGGUCGCUUCGGCUGCUUUGUACGCGAAGGAAGAAGACGGACUGCUGGUCGAGAAUGGAUUCCCGCACUAUGUACUGGAUGCACGCACGGAACAGCUCACGUUCCAUCCGGGCCAGGUGCUCCCUAUCGGCAGCUACGUGCUAACGAUUGAGUACAGUGGUUUGCUCGAAACGUCCUCCAAUAGUGGCUUCUUCCUGAAAUCGUACGUCAACGAUGACGGUGAUCGCCGUUACGUCGGUACGACGCAGUUCGAAUCGACCAACGCUCGCAUGGCGUACCCGUGCUACGAUGAGCCGCUACUGAAGGCCGGCCAUACGCUCUGGAUCACGCACAUUGCGGAGUACAAUGCCGUGUCGAAUAUGCCGGUUGAGGAGGUUGUUCCAUCGGAGAAACACGAAGGAUACGUCACGACCAAGUUCGGACCAACGCCAAAGAUGUCCACCUAUUUGCUUGCAUUCGGAGUCUCCGACUUUGUAUCGAUUGAGGACGGUGACCAGCAGGUGUACGCCCGACCGAACGCUAUCCACGAGGCCGACUUUGCACUGGAAGCGGGUGUUAAAAUCUUGGACGCACUCAACACUUACACCUACGUGUCGUACUACGAUUACAUGCCCAAGCUGUCGCAAAUGGCCAUCCCCGAUCGGGGUGGCGGCGCUAUGGAGAACUGGGGUUUAGUGAAGUACGGUGAGACGGCCUUGCUGUUUAACCCGGCCCGUAACACGUACCGUACACGGAAGAGUAUUGCAGUGGUCAUUGCACACGAGUACGCACACCAGUGGUUCGGUGAUUUGGUCGGACCACACUGGUGGAGCUACAUCUGGUUGAAUGAAGGUUUCGCCAACCUGUUCGGAUAUAUCGCAUCGGAUCUUGCUUACCCGUCCGAGCGCUAUUGGGAUCUCUACGCAGUGGAAAACGUACAGAAUGCAUUCGGACCCGACGCUAGCGAUUCUAUUCGUCCGAUGACACAGGAUGCUACGACACCGUCUGCCAUUUCAGGACUCUUUGAUUCGAUUGCUUACGACAAAUCUGGAAGCGUGCUUAAUAUGUUCCGCAUGGUGCUCGGCGAUGAUAACUUCCGCGCAGGAUUGAAGGUUUACUUCGAAGAUCGCCAACUGGACGGUGCUGUUGCGGACGAUCUGUACGCCGGUCUGCAGGCUGCAAUCGAUGGAACGGACGUGUUACCGAAGGGAUACACCGUGAAGCAGCUGAUGGAUAGCUGGACGACGGAACCAGGCUACCCAGUGUUGACCGUGCGUCGCAACUACGAUGACGGCUCGGUGAUCCUUUCCCAGGAACGGUUCUACGCCGACAAGAGUUCUCCGAACGCGAACCUUUGGUACAUUCCGUACUCGUUUGCCACCGCUUCCAACCCGGACUUUGACGAUCUUUCGCAGUUCCAAUGGCUCUCGGCGAAGGCCGAACGUGUGGAGACUGAUGUUGCAGCCGACGAGUGGAUCGUUUUCAACAAGCAGCAGACGGGUUACUAUCGCGUGAACUAUGACGCACACAACUGGCUGAUGAUUGCGAGCGCAUUGCGUGACGAUCCUUCCGCUAUUCAUCGGCUCAACCGUGCGCAGUUGAUCAAUGAUGCUUUCAAUCUGGCUCGUGCUAAUCGUCACGAUAUGGCACUCACACUGGACCUGCUGCGGUAUCUUUCGAACGAGCACGAAUACGCCCCGUGGGCAGCGGCCAACGGUGUGCUGAACUACUUCUACAACAAACUGCGUGGCACUGCCAACUAUCACGACUUCAUCGUGUACGUGGACGCACUGAUCGGACCGGUGUUUGAUAGCCUCGGUGACAUCAGCACCGUGCCGGAAGAUGAAACGCUGCUGGACAAGUACCUGAAGCAACUUAUCUCGACCUGGGCCUGCCGGAUCGGAUACACCGAGUGCAUCCGUCAGACGACCGAAGCAUUGCACACGGCUGUUGAAACUAACACUCCCGUCCAUCCGGACGUAUCGUACGUGGUGUACUGCUACGGUCUGAAGGGUGCCACCGAUGAGGAGUACCGCUGGCUGUUCGAUCAGAUGAUCAACUCCGGCAAUGAGGCAGAACGUUCAGUGCUGAUCGAUGCGCUAGGUUGCGCACAGGACCAGUCGCAGCUAAUCUCUCUGCUUACCGUCGCCAUCGGUAGCAACUCCGAGCUGAACAGUCUGCUGUCAGGCGAACGUUCCCGCAUCGUUUCCUCGAUCUAUUCGUCCAGUCGGUUCGGUGUGGAAGCACUGAUUGCAGCGCUGUCCGAUCCGUUGCUAGCGCAGGAGUUUGUCGAUCGCUUUGGCCAGGGUACGCUUAACAGCGUUGUGUCGAAUGCUGCCUCGCGUACCAACAACGAUGGUGAGCUGCAACAGCUGGAAGACUUCCUGGCUGCACUUGGCAACCUGAUCAGUCCGGAAACGGCUGAAGCUGCUGUGCGCACUGUCAUUACAAACGGGGAGUGGUUUACAACAUACGAAGGCGUCCUAUCUACGACGUACUUCUCCGAUUUUACUAACUAAAUUGUAUUCCUCUGAUUGAGAUGCUGUAAUAAUUUGAGCUUAAAAAUAAAACAAUAGUAAUUGAUUCGUUACAGAAGCAGUAAAUGCUUGAAACUUAC